CUCUCCCGAGUGAGGUAUGUGUCCGUUUUGAAGUGUCCGUUUUGUUUUGGUCAUCUUCAUCGGUGAUCAGCCCAGCGAUCUAGCCAUGUGGAAGCUACUGUGGGCGGUCAUUCUGGUGACCGUGCUCUCCACGUGUCAUACAGAUGCAAAGAGAAGUAAACGUGCAAUAGAAAACAGCCCACAGUUCCAGGGUUAUGUCUAUGAGCCACCCUCUAAACCUUUUACUUUACCCCCUCCAGUGACGUCACGGACAAGCAUAAUAACAUUUAGGCCAACUACGGUGACAUUAACACCAUAUACUUAUACAACUCCAAGAGUUCAGACAACGGUAAGAACUCCACCAGCACCAUCAAGAACAACAUAUGUGACACAAGGAUAUACGUAUACAACUCCGAAGACUCCAUUCCCAACGCCUAAAACAACGCCGCCAAGAACGCCACCGCCACCGCCACCGACACCACCAAGAACUCCACCGCCACCACCAAGAACAUCAACAUAUGUGGUGACACAAGGAUAUACAUAUACAACCCCGAGAACUCCAUUCCCGAUACCGCCUAGAACAACACCAUCGCCGCCGCCUAGAACACCACCACCGCCACCGACACCACCAAGAACUCCACCGCCACCACCAAGAACAUCAACAUAUGUGGUGACACAAGGAUAUACAUAUACAACCCCGAGAACUCCAUUCCCGAUACCUCCUAGAACAACACCACCGCCGCCUAGAACACCACCACCGCCACCUAGAACACCACCACCGCCGCCUAGAACACCACCACCGCCGCCUAGAACACCACCACCACCGCCUAGAACACCACCACCGCCACCAAGAACACCACCUCCAGUAACAAGCGGAGGAUACGUUUAUACAAAUCCAAAUACGGAAUUUACAUUGCCACCGAGAACACCGCCACCAAGAACCGUGCCGCCACCAACUCCUCCACCGCGAACACCACCACCAUAUUUACCACCUGUGAAGACUCCACCACCAUAUACAAGACCCCCAUAUACACCACCUCCACAAACUCCUCCACCGAGAACGCAGCCACCAUACACAAGGCCUCCAUACACACCGCCUCCACAAACUCCUCCACCGAGAACGCAGCCACCGUACACAAGGCCCCCAUACACACCGCCUCCACACACUCCUCCACCGAGAACGCCGCCACCAUACACAAGGCCCCCAUAUACACUACCUCCACAAACUCCUCCACCGAGAACGCCACCACCAUAUAUACCACCCCCACAAACUCCUCCACCGAGAACGCCGCCACCAUACACAAGGCCCCCAUACAUACCACCUCCACAAACUCUUCCACCGAGAACGCCACCACCAUAUAUACCACCCCCACAAACUCCUCCACCACGAACACCACCACCAUAUUUACCACCUGUAAAGACUCCGCCACCAUACACAAGGCCUCCAUACACACCACCUCCACAAACUCCUCCACCGAGAACGCCGCCACCAUACACAAAGCCUCCAUACACACCACCUCCACAAACUCCUCCACCGAGAACGCCGCCACCAUACACAAGACCUCCAUACACACCACCUCCACAAACCCCUCCACCGAGAACGCCGCCACCAUACACAAGGCCUCCAUACACACCACCUCCACAAACUCCUCCACCGAGAACGCCGCCACCAUACACAAGACCUCCAUACACACCACCUCCACAAACCCCUCCACCGAGAACGCCGCCACCAUACACAAGGCCUCCAUACACACCACCUCCACAAACUCCUCCACCGAGAACACAACCUCCGUAUUUACCACCUGUGAAGACUCCACCACCAAAAACACCGCCACCGUAUAUUCCGCCUCCUCGAACUCCUCCACCAAGAACACCACCCCCAAGAACACCACCACCUCCUCCACCUCCACCUAAAACCGCACCUUCUUAUUUGCCUCCACUUCCAACAAGACCUCCUUAUGUAUCAAGGACAACAACACAAGGAUCUAUAGAAUAUGAAAUUAAACCAAUCGAUACUGAAUUUGGAAGGUAUACUACGAAAACAUCUACUCGUUUAACUACAAGACCUACGCCAAGAAUUACUACACAAUAUACUACGCGACCUAUUCCUCAAAUAAGUACGCGAGUCACUGCUCAGCCAUCUACUUACCUUCCGCCUUAUUCUGAGCCAUCCACCAGAUAUACCCCAACUAUAUACACAACGACCAAAUACACUUCACCGACGACCAGAUAUACUCCACCGACGACUAGAAACACCUACACCCCGACAAUUACAACCAGAUAUACUACCACUCCUAUCACUACAAGAUAUACUCCAUCUAUAAGAACGACAUUUUCGACGUAUAGUCCGACUACGCCUGUCUAUUCAUCGACCAUUCCGUCAACUUUUACUCCAACUCGACCACCACCAUAUCUUCCGCCGUCAACCCCAAGACCAGUAUAUCCAACUGUGACGCCACCACCGCCACCUGAUCCUAUUUUCAGCAUUACACCCAGCACGCCAACUUUGCCGCCACCAACCGGAAGGCCUGCACCACCUCCAACACUGCCGCCUACAACACCCAGGCCAACUUUAGGAUAUAAUUACCCGAUUCCCGAUAUUCCGUUUGAAACUCGCAAACGAUGAAAAUAACAUGGGCUGACAUGAGCAGCUUGCAACGCGUCACGUUACCGAUUAAUAAAAUCUUAAAUAUUAGUAUGUAUAAUAUUAAUAUUAGCAAGAUUAUUUAAUAGUUGAUGUAGGUAACGCUGAAUCCUCCGCCAGAUAUUUAGAGUAUCAUCUUUUUUAUAUCAUUUUCGCCAUACUAUUUUUUCUAAAUAAAAAUUUACUCGGCCAACGUACGAAUGUCUUUUUACAUGUGUAAUAAGUAUAGAAAAGGAAUAAAAAACUUUUAGAAGAAUAUACUUACAUUACUUUUCCACUUUAACGUAAAAUGUGUUUUUAAUUUGAUACAAAAAACAUCGAAAUUAUUCCCAAAUGAAAUAAUUUCCAAAUGUUGCGUAUUUUAUAAAAUUCAGCGAUGCAUUUAACGUGAAAAUAAGGUAUAUAAAAAUACACAUACACACACACACACACACACACACACACAUACGCGCGCGCGCACGCACGCACGCACUCACAGGAUUGUAUAUGUAUAUACAAUCAGUGAGAAGCAUACACAUUUGUACAUUUGGAAGCGUAAUUAUAAUAUAUAUACGUAUAAAAAAUUA